CUACUUUUGUCGAUGUAAUUCAUAUUUCUGCUACAUUUAGCAAAAUAAAUAUCAUAUAAUUAGUGUUUUCUCUCUAAAAACUACUGGUCUGAUUGCUGCAUCAUAUUUGUAAUUCGUUAAAUAGCUAAGCCAUCUAUUAUUUAAUAGUUUAAUUUUUUUCUGACUGUACUUUUGCAAAAAAUUCAUUAAAACUUUUUCAUAUUUGACGUUUAUAUAUUUUUUGAAGUAAAGUCGUAUCAAAAAAGCUGUGUCAACAAAAGCAACAUUUGCAGAAAUGUUUAUUCAAGAUUUUUCUCGCUCUCAGAAGUGCCGCAUGAUCUUUGACUGCUGGUAUUAGAUUGGUCCAUUUUACAAUUAUGGCUUUCUAAAGCAUUACUUAGGCAUAGCAUCCCCCAUGUGGGGUGCUAAAAUAAAUUUAUAAAUGUUAUUUUUUUGUUAAUAUUUUGUUAUUAAUUAUAUAAUUUGCAUUUAAUUUAUUUUGUUACGUGAAAUUUUGACAAGCGCACAAAACCCUAUGUGGUCCAUUUUAUUAAAAAACAAUAGAAAAGAGUCUUUUGAAAGUCAUAUUCUUGCUAUGUAUUGAAGAAUGGAUCAUCUGGCGGAGAAAGAAUGUACAGUAAGAUGCAAGUCGAAUAGUCAUGCAAAGCAGAUUUUGAACUGCGCUGUGGUUGCUUCUUCAUCUCAAAUUAGAUCUUAUGCAGCAUAUCUGUGCCAUAAUUUUUCAACUGUUACUGACGAGUUAGGGAGAAAUCUUUUGCACAUUGCUGCAUCAUGUGGCAAAUGGGACAUUGUAGAGUGGCUCUUGGAAUACUGCAAUGUUGAUGUGGAUGUAAAAGAUUCUGAAUCUGGUUGGACUGCUUUACAUCGCAGCUUAUUUUAUGGCCAGCUCUAUCCAGCUAGAAUUCUUUGUUUGUAUGGAGCAAGUUUGCGAGCUUUUGACAAAGAAGGUUUCACCCCUUUGGAUAUAAUUUUAAAAGACAGACUUCCAUAUAUAGAAUAUUUGCCUUCAAAUCCAUCAGAAGUUUAUGCUUGGGGUUCCAAUGUUAACUGUAACUUAGGAUUAGGAAAAGUUCAGAGUCGUGAUGUUCCGGAACUUUUGGAGGUGUUUCGUAAAGAUUUCAUAAGCAUCAAGCAGGUUGAUAUUUGUAAAUUUCAUAGUGCUUUUCUUUCUACAAAUGGUAAAGUUUACACUUGUGGGUAUGGACAUGGUGGGAGAUUAGGUCAAGGGAAUGAAGAUACCUGCCUUGUCCCGUCUUUAGUUAAAGGCAUAGGCUCACAGCAAUGCUUACAAGUGGCAGCUGGACAGGAUCAUUUACUGUUUUUGCUUGAAGGUGGUCAGGUGUGGAGCUGCGGAUUAAAUACCUAUCAUCAACUUGGCCAUAUACCUCCUCCUGAGCGUCUUUUAAUACCAAAAGCUAUAUCCUUAAAAUUUCUAAAAGGCAAAGAAAUAGUUGGUGUCAGAGCUGCAAGAUUUCAUUCUGUCAUUUAUACCAAAAGUUGUGUUUACACAUUUGGAUUAAAUGCAGGACAGUUAGGCCACCCUAAAGGAGAUCGCACUCAAAUAAAUCCCAGACUAGUAUCAACUUUAUUCAAUGAAGAUUUGUAUAUAACUCAUGUGGAAGUUAGUGAUGGGGCUACAGUUUGUGCUACCAGUCGUGGUGAUAUUUAUGUACUGCAUGAAUAUCAAAUUCGAAAAAUUGCUUCAAGACAGUUGGAAAUUUUGAAGUUAUCUGUAGUUGGUGGGCAUUUAGAUUCUAGAUGUGAUGUUGCUGGUGUCAGAGAAGGUGGAGGCUUGGAAUUAAGAGUAGUGCUACUAACAAAGUCUGGAAAGGUUUACCUUUGGAAGCAGACUGAUCCUUAUUUCAGAAGAUGCCUAUUCACCUUGCACAAACUGCAAAAGGAAUUCAUUGUAUCUGAUGUCCACAUAAAUCACUAUUCUUUAGCAAUCAUCACCAAAGAGAAUGAAGGCUAUCUAGGCACGAUCGCGCCAUUUAAAGGGAAGCGAACCGCACCCCCAUCUACCACUCUGCACGCGCCCACGAUACACAGUUCGCAUACAUCUGGGCUGACGUAUCUCUUGGAUACUGAUGAUUGUUGCUUCGUACGAGUGAAGAAAUUGCCUCUUAUCUACAGAGGCACAUCUAUCACUAGUGAUUCAAAGGGCAGAAAUUUUUCUGUGAUACAGUCAAGUCCUAAAAUGGGCCUUGUAGAGGUUCCAAUGAUAUCCGAAUCUCAAAUGCUAAAGCAGUUUGCUAGGUUCUAUUCUGAUACUUGCAUUGGAGAUGAAUUCCACGAUGUAGUUAUUGAAGUAGGGAAACGAAAAUUUGCUGCUCACAAAUUUAUUUUGUCAUCUCGUAGUGAGUUCUUUCAAAAGCAGUUUUGUUCUGGAAAACUUAAAAAGGAUGUCCUUGUUCUGGAUAAUAUGAAAGCAGAAGCAUUUGAGCAAAUUCUAAAAUACAUUUAUUGCAAUCAUUCUGAUUUUCUAACACCAAAUUAUGAAUUUAAAUGGGAAAAGAUGCAAGAAAAUGGCAAAAAGAAAAAAGGUGCUAAAGUAUCCAAAGAGUUAAGCCCUGUCAUUCUGCUUCAAGAAGCGAGUAAGAAACUUGGAAUUAAUGCUUUAGCUAAAAGAUUAGACUCAGUUAGAUUAAUAAAUGGAAAAAUUGCUGUCUUAGAAACUUCUCCUGCUCCAAAAUUCUUUUUCAAUCGCCAUUCCUUGCUAAACCUUGCAGAUGUGAAUCUAAUUGCUGCAAAUGGGGACAUCUUUCCAUGCCAUAAGUGUAUUCUUGUUGCUAGACUGGAUUAUUUUCAGAGCAUGCUCAGCACUUCGUGGGCUGAAAGUUCUUAUCUUGGAAAUUUGUCUUUACCAAUAUCAUCAGAAGUCAUGGAGGUUGUACUGGAAUAUAUUUACUCUGAUAAAGCAAGUAAAAUACUGGCAUCUGAAGAUCCAGAAUUUAUUUGCCAUGUUCUGAUGAUUAGUGACCAGCUGCUAAUUAACAGAUUGAAAGAAUUAAGUGAAAUGGCUUUAGUUGAAUUGAUUACACUAAAAAAUGCAACUGAACUUUUGGAAUUGGCAUCAGUCUAUAAUGCUACACAACUGAAGCAGUCUUGCAUGCAAUUUAUUUCACUCAAUUUAGCAGCUAUUAUUGAAGCAAGGGCCUUGGAAUUUCUGAGUGAUCAAGUGAUGAUGGACUUGUCAGCUUAUUACAGAAAUUCGCUACCUGCAAUGUUUAGAAGGCGAAUUUCCUGUUCUGGAGGUCCAACUAGAGACGAACUCAGCUUUAUUGAGGAACAUUUUCCCGUCAAUAGCACAUGUCCAUUUGAAAAAUACAAAAUGGAAGAUCAUGGUAACAGACCCAAAGGUCGUCAUCGCACUAUUUCUCGCAGUGAAAAGGAGGCCACUUCUCCAAGAAAUAAGAACAAUUCUGAAAGCUCUGACAAGGAUAUUAUAUUUGAUGUAAUUGCUCCAAGCAUGGAAGAAUUAAAGAUUGUAGAAAGUGCUACAAAGCCACUUGAUUUGCCCCUUCAUUCCCCUAAAAAAGUUGAAGAUAGUUGCAAGAAACCAGCACAAUGGAUUAUGAGUUGCCCUACUCCUGAUGAACUCAAAACAUUGGAUAAGAUUAUGUGUGAAGAAAAGCUGAAGUUAUCAACCCUUAACAGGAAAAGUAGUGACAUGAAACCUAUUCCUCAUCUGUCGCAAAAGCAGAAGAAAAUGCUGGAUAAUGCAAAAGACAGAAACAUAGAUCUUAUUCCAAAUAGUCCACCCAAUAAAACUUCCUGUCCAUGGGGCAAAUUACAGGAGCAGUCACCACCUUCACCUUCCUUUUGGGAUGCUUUGGCAAAAAAAGAAUUUCAACCCUCAUUUAUUAGCAGUGAUGUAACUCCAACUAAAGGUUCUUCUAGUUCGUCUGAUAGUCAGCUUGUGGUUGAAAAUGGUAGUCCUUCACUAGAUAAAACACAAGGCAUUGUUAUUAGUCUGACUGAUAUCCAAAAAGAUGAAGAACAAAAACAGCGUAGCUUAGUCAAUUCCAAAACUAAACCUUUGCAUCUGAUUAAUAUUGAAGAUCAAGCUAUUGAAGAACUGAUAGCUCUGUACAAGGCAGAAGACAAUCCUAAAGAAAAAAUAACAGUCUCAAGAGUAAUGCAAGAAAUUGCUAGUCCCGUCUGGAAGAAACGUGGCAAAUGACUUUUCUUUUGUUUCCUAUGUUAUGUAUUUUAUUUUUGUUAUUUCUGUUGAAUGUGAUAAAUUGUUAAAUAAAACUUAGGAGAUUACAAUUGA